CCAUCUCACCAUGUGGUUAACAUGCAAAAACACAACUUUCACCAUCACAAACCCAAACCACCUUUAUUUCACAAAAUUCUCUUUCAUAUUAAUUCCAACCUUGAUUCCUCUCUAAAAUCAUCAAAUGUAACAAAGUCCAUCAAUAUUGACUUUCACCACUUCAACAUCCACUCCCACACAUACACACUCUCACUCCACCGCCAUGGACGACUCCACCACCACCACCUUCACCGGCAAAUUUUCCGACGACUUUCACCACCACCACUACCACUCCCCACCACCAUCAGAAUCCGACCCAUCUUCAUCAUCACACUACCCAUCAAACAUCACCUACAAUCACCACUCAUCUCGCCCAAUUAAAGACCUCCCGUUUCUUCUUCUUUUCCUUCUAUUCGUCAUCUCAACUUUCGCUUUCGGAAUCUUUGCAUCGUUUAAUAAAAACCCAAAUUCCCCUUCUUCCAUUUCUUCAUCUUUUGUAUAUGAUAUACGUACAGAUUCUUGUAUUAAAACACAACUUAAAGCUUCCAACUUUAACUUUUUACAGUCUGAUCACGCUUAUAUUUUUAAGAAUUUGAUACUUAUACUUGUAGUUACUUUGAUUCUAAGCAUACCCAUUUCACUGUUGUUUCUCUUUUCUCUCAAGCAUUUCACCAAACAGUUGGUGUACAUCUCACUUCCUUUUUUUAUUAUAGUACCAAUCUUUUUAGAUAUUUAUUGGUUUGUUUUGUGUACGAUUAGUCACACCUGUAGCGAAAAAUUCCCCAUAGGGUAUAGAGUUUUAGUGCUUGUUUUUAUACUUUUGGUUAUUUGUUUGAUUUUGUGGAUAUUUGUUGUGAACUGGAGUAGGAUUGAGUUAACUGUGAAGAUCAUAAAGGUGUCGUCUGAUGCGUUAUCGAAUAAUUUAGGGUUGUUCGGGGUGUUACCCGGGUUGACUUUAGGGUUGCUUGCCUAUUUUGUGCCUAUUGUAGUGUUCUUGGUGUUUGCUAGGUUGAAUGGUGAGGUUGUGGCUAGGGAGAAACAUGGGAAGAUUGUUUGUGUUUGGGAACAAGAUAGUUGGGUUCCGGCUUAUUAUGCAUUAGCGAUUUUGACAAUGUUGUGGUCUGCUACUGCAAUGGUGGAAGCUCAGACUUAUGUUAUCAGUGGAACCAUUGCUCAGUGGUAUUUCUCUAAAGAGGACUCGAAAGUUACACGGAGUAUACGGAGUUCUUUGAGAAAUGCCUUUGGUCCCUCCUUUGGAACGAUAUGUUUUUCGGGGCUGUUGGUUGGUGUUGUACGAAUAGUGCGUGCCGCAGUUGAUAGUGCAGCAAGUGAAGAUGCGAGUGGGAUGAUCAACCUCAUUCUUAGAUGCUGUGUCAAUGCCCUAUUAUCAGCAUUUGAAUUCCUUAACAAGUUCACUAUAAACUUUGCAGCUAUAACUGGUGAAGCCUACUGUGCCUCUGCUAGAUUGACUUAUGAACUUCUAAGGCGUAAUCUUCUUUCAGCUGUCGUUGUUGAGACUGUUUCCACUCGUCUAUUGGCUGCAAUCAUCUUUGUCCUGUCUGCAAUAUAUGCCAUUGUGGUUUGUGUGAUACUACAGGCAGCGAGUAAUCUAGGUGUAGAUUCGUACUUUGUAGCUGCAAUGGCUUUUGCGUUGCUGAUUGUGAUUCUUGGGUUUUUGGUGAACGUGCUGGACAAUGUUAUAGACACGGUAUAUAUAUGCUACGCUAUUGACAGAGACAAAGGGGAGGUAUGUAAAGCAGAUGUUCAUGAGAUUUAUGUCCAUCUCCCGAUUAAAAGAAAUCACAAUCCAUCAUAUCUAAAUGCCAGAACUCCACUUCUUGUAUAAUUAUCAUUUUUAAAUUCCAAGUUUUGUAUUAUCUGUAUAACACACGAAUUCUGUGUCUGUUUAAUAUUAUAACCUGGUAGUAUUAGUUAUCAUUCUGCUACCAACACAUCACGUUUUGCUCAA